AUGGCGGAAAUAGUAGGAUCUGCUGUGGCAAGUGAGGCAGUGAGCAGAGUAGUAUCAUCUUUUCUCUCCGGCGACAAAACCAGCCAGCAGGAGAGCGUGGAGGACAAAGCCGAGAGACUGGAGAUGGCGGUGCUCAAGAUCCGCAGCGUUGUUGCCGUCACGGAACAUCUCCGCAUCUCCCACCUCCCGUUGCUGCAGUGGAAGGCGAAGCUAAAGCGUGUCGCUGAGGAAAGCGAUGAUCUACUGCAUCUGCACAAGAAGCAAACCUUACAGUGCAGUCGUGCCAGCGACAGUACAACGACCGGUAACUCGAUCUCUCAGUAUUUGAUUCGAGCGGCCAAACACUUUGUUCCUUUUCGCCGCAAAGAAGAUGAGCUGAGGUUGAGUGACAGCACGCUGCGGAGGUUCGAGAGGCUCGCUGAUGGUGCGGACAGCUUCUUCAGGCUGGUAGAGUCUGGCGGCCACCCAAAGAAGUCCGUGUUUUUGCCAUCGCUAACCAGGGCGUUGCUUGCCGGUGAUUCGAUGGAGUUCUUGAUCCAGACAAAAACUUGCAGUGACCAUAUUAUGCUGUGGCCAUGGCAGGACCACCCGGAUGCUAAGAGUGGAAGUGGAUUGGAGGCAUGUCUCUUUGUCUCGCGUGAAGAUGAAGUUAUGUGGCAAAAAGGAUUCAAGAUGUUUGUUUUGUUCCGUCUAUCUGAGGCAUCCGACAUAGUGGCUAUUGCUAUAAGCUGCUUGGAGCUCUUGCCACCCCAAUUUGGUGCUGCUCGCGUAGCCAUCAGUAGACUGUUAACUGAAACAAUAGGGCACAGUGAUGACCAUUCCAGUAUUUCAGAAAGUUCGAAAUGGUGCUGUCGACAGACUGAGAGCUGUCACCGUAAUGAUUGUGAGUCAUCCAUGGGUGAUGAUAAGCAUAGAGUUAAUGGAAUGCUAUUACUGUCUCAUCCAGUGCUUCGGUUCACUGCAAUUUGCUACGCCUCACCGUGCAUCGACAGGAAGGGCGGCCUUCCUCCUCUUGAGUUGCAGUGCCAUGUGUCCCCCUAUCUCUUGCCUGAGAAGCAUUCCAGCCAGUAUGAGCUGGUUGAGCAAGAUGUUAUCAGGAAGCUGCUGCCCAAUGUCACUGAUGGUUUCUACGAUGAUGAGAGACAAGUGUUGAGUUACCAAAGGCAGAUCUGGAGCCCACAAAGCUCCAUGUAUUGCGCGGUUGCUCCAGCAUUUACGCAGCCAUUGACGGCGUCGCAAGAGUACCAGAUGAAAUGUUCUGGUACCCGUAGCCGGAGGAGGUCGAGGACGGGCAAAACAAAAUCUCAAUCCACUUCAAAGUUCCAAAAGAUUGCAAAAGCAUAA